AUGAUUAAAUCACAAAUAGCACAUGCAUUACCAACAUCCAGUUUUGAAAAAAGGAAAUCAAUGGCAACUUCAACUUUUUCCAAACAACAAAAUCCUUCACCAUCAAAUUCACAUUUAACUGGUUCAACAUUAGCAUCUCAUCAACCUAUAAAUGCAAGUGAUAGGGCAUCAUUUGAUGAUCAUUUAUCAAGAACUACAACAAGUUCAGGUUUAACCAUUUCAUCAAACUUAUAUAUUGAACCAGAAUAUGAUGUUAAAUUAGUUUUAAAUUUUAAUCAACAUGAAAUUAAAUUAAUUAGAUCAACUUGGUUAGAAAUGAUUAAUGAUGAUAUAAAUAAGAAUUAUAAUACUUCAGAAUCAAAUGCACAAACUACUUCAAUAAAUCAUUCAUCAAUUGCUUCAUCAUUAUUUUGUAUACAAUUUUAUUCAAAUUUAUUAAGUAUGGAUUCAAAUUUAGAAAGAAUGUUCCCAAGUAUUAAACACCAGGCAGUUUCAUUUGCUGGUGUUUUAUCAACUGCAAUUCAUAAUUUAGAUAAUUUAAAAGCAUUAGAUGAUUAUUUACAAAAUUUAGGUAAAAGACAUUCAAGAAUCUUGGGGAUUGAUCCACCACAUUUUGAAUUAAUGGGUAUUGCAUUAUUGAAAACUUUCCAAGAUAGAUUUGGUUAUAAUUUCACUCUGGAAUUAGAAAGAUGUUGGUCAAGAUUAUAUACAUAUUUAGCAAAUUCAAUUUUACAAUUUGGUAUUGAUCCAGUUUUAAAAAUUGAAAAAAUUAAUCAAGAUUGGGAAACAGUUACAUUAUCAAGAAGUAUAAGUAAUUCAAGUUUUGAAAAACCAAAUUUUUCACAAACCCAUUCAACAGAUUAUAAUUCAGAUGCAAAAAGUAUAGAUACACAACCAACAAUCACACAAAAUCAAAGAUUAAGACAACCUUCAAAUCCAAAUUUAAAUGCAGGAUUUCAAAAUGGUAAUUCAUCACCAAAACCAAUAUCUAAAUUAGAUCCAUCAAGUAAAACUUAUAGUAUAGGUGCUAGACAUCUUGGGAAAAAAACCAUGAAAAAUAGAGUGAAUAGUGGAGCAACAAGUAUAAAUAGUGCUACAACAGGUACAACUUCAACUUCAGCUGGAUCUGAAGAAGAAAAAUGUGUUAUAAUGUGA